ACAACAACACGUUCAUUCCCUUUCCAUUUUCAAAAACACCGCUUCUCUCUCUCUCUCUCUCUCGCCUCGCUCUCUCUCUUUGGCUCUCUUUCUCUCCGUCGGGUCCGGGAGACUCGGGUUCGGAUCUCUGAUCGCUGCCACAACCCGAACCAAACUCAGAAUCCAGAUCCUCCUCUCGCCCCCGUUCCAUUGAAAUCACAAGAAGAUGAUAGCGAUUCCGUAUUUGACUGCAUUAACCACUUACUUCAGCUACGGCUUGCUCUUCGCCUUUGGCCAAUUCAGAGAUUUCUUCCGGAAAAUCUUCGACUGGUGCAGCUCCAACAAUCUUCAGGGUUACGCACCGAUCUGCUUAGGGCUCGAAGAUUUUUAUAUUCGUCGUUUAUACCUUCGCAUUCAGGACUGUUUUGGGAGACCAAUUGCAAGUGCUCCUGAUGCAUGGUUUGAUGUAGUGGAACGCUACUCGAAUGAUAAUAACAAGACACUAAAACGAACUGAUAAAAUAAGUAGAUGCCUUAACUUGGGAUCAUACAACUACCUCGGUUUUGCUGCGGCGGAUGAAUACUGCACACCUCGAGUAGUUGAUACCUUGAAGAAGUAUUCUCCAAGCACUUGCAGUGCCCGGGUGGACGGGGGGACGACUGCGCUUCACAAUGAAUUGGAGGAGUGUGUAGCAAACUUUGUUGGGAAGCCAGCUGCUUUAGUUUUUGGUAUGGGAUAUGUGACAAACUCAGCUAUUCUUCCAGUCUUGAUGGGGAAGGGAAGUUUGAUUAUUAGUGAUUCAUUGAACCACAACUCAAUUGUUAAUGGUGCACGAGGAUCCGGAGCAACUAUUCGUGUUUUUCAACAUAAUGUGCCAUCUCAUCUAGAAGAAGUGUUAAGAGAACAAAUUGCUGAGGGACAGCCAAGGACACAUAGGCCCUGGAAGAAGAUAAUGGUUAUUGUGGAGGGGAUAUACAGCAUGGAAGGAGAGCUUUGCAAACUUCCAGAGAUCAUAGCUAUAUGCAAAAAAUAUAAGGCAUAUACAUAUUUGGAUGAAGCACACAGCAUUGGAGCUGUGGGAAAGACAGGAAGAGGUGUUUGUGAGCUCCUGGGUGUGGAUACUGCCGAUGUUGACAUUAUGAUGGGAACAUUCACCAAAUCUUUUGGUUCAUGCGGAGGUUACAUUGGGGGAUCAAAGGAGCUUAUCCAAUACUUGAAGUACACUUGCCCUGCUCAUCUUUAUGCAACUUCUAUUUCACCACCAGCAGCACAACAGAUAAUAUCAUCCAUAAAAGUUAUUCUUGGCGAGGAUGGUUCCAAUAGAGGUGCCCAGAAACUUGCACAAAUUCGAGAGAAUAGCAACUUUUUCAGGUCGGAACUGCAAAAGAUGGGAUUUGAGGUUCUUGGGGACAAUGAUUCUCCAGUAAUGCCAAUCAUGCUUUACAAUCCAGCCAAAAUCCCUGCCUUCUCAAGGGAGUGCCUCAGGCAGAAUAUUGCUGUUGUGACAGUGGCAUUUCCUGCAACCCCAUUGCUACUGGCUAGAGCACGCAUAUGCAUUUCUGCUUCUCAUUCAAAGGAAGACCUUAUCAAAGCCUUGCAGGUUAUUAGCAGAGUAGGGGAUCUAGUUGGCAUAAAAUACUUCCCAGCUGAACCAACAAAGCAGCAUCAAGGGGGUAAAACUGUGAAGUUUGAUUGAGGGAAGUUCUCCCAUUAGCAGAAAGAGGAACAAAGACUAAUGAAAAUAGAGCUGUAGUGAUAAGAAGGCAUUUUGUUUCAAUGGGGAAUUGGUUUCAAAUUAACUGGCAUGUUCUACUGUGAAUGAAUUCAUUUCUAUUCAUUGCCAUCUUUGAAAGGGUGGACUUAGACGUGAACAGCAGAUCCAUACAAUCUUUGUUCUCAGAUACUACAAGAAAAUGUCUCAUGGAGGGGAGUCUAUUCUUAUUUUGCCCAGUCAUUAUUAGGUAAUAUGUAUAGUUACGGUUUGAUUAUUCAUUUGAAACUGAGUUUUGUUUUGAUUUCUUUUUUGUUCCACAAAAUGAGUUUUGUUUGAAAUUUUAAUCAAGUUGUAAAAUUGAAGUUGAUAUAUUGGGUUGUAAGUUCGAAAAAAUGAGCAGUGCCUUGGAAAGUGUAUAGGCCGGUUUAGCAAUGUUUUUGACCAUCAAACCAGUGGUUGCCUGCUUGAUUUUUCUUAUGGACAGGUUCUUAAAACCUGACGGUUUAACAUCCAAUUUUCUGAUUCACAUCUUGUUCAUGAUAUUUCCUUUUGCCAAAUUGAUGGAAAAUAUGAUCCGAUGAGUCUGGCUACAGUGCUGAUUCUUUAUUGU